AUUUGGCGCGAGACUCGACCGAGUCUCGCGCAAUGCAUGGUGGCGCCAAACAAGCCCUUAAUAUGGCGUCCCUUCCGGGUUUUGGCCGGACUCUUACUAGAGGGACUCUAAUGGAGGUUAAUAUACAGCGCCCGAAAAACAAUUGACUCGUAUGAAGCAGUAGGAACGAAGGUGUAGUGUUCCAACGGGACUAACAUUUUCUAAGCGAUUAGUGUUCAUGGCAAAGAUGAUUAAUGUUAGAAACGAGGGCAAAUACUAACGUAAAUGUACGGCCAAGAAAGGUGUGAGAGACCUAUCAGUCUGUCGCCGACAAUCGGAUUUUCGACGUUUUAAAAAUCUUAUUAACUUGAGCCGCAUAUUUUAUUCAGCCUCGUAAAAACAUGAGUGAAGCACAAAAUACUGUAAUAAUAGCAGCAGCCAUUGGCGCAGCCAUGGGUGUAAUAGGUGCUGCAGGUUUAUUUAUCUAUCAAAAAGUUUUAGAGAAAAGACAGAGUAUGAUGAUGCGAAGUAAUUUAGACAAUAUGAAUCAAAGGAUUUUAGAGCUUCAAGCAGAAUUAGAGUCCCUAAGGUUACAACAAAAUCAGCAACGGAAUAGGAAAAAAAGGGCAGUAUUACAAAAACGAUUCCCAGCUAAUGGUAGCACAUAUACAGCUACUGAUAAUGAUACUGAUGUUGAUGCCUUCUCUACAGCAGGAACAGAUUUUGAUGACGAUGAGUUCUAUGACUUCUCUGACAGCGAAAUAGGCGCAGGAGAUAAUGACAAUGGGACCUCAGAAGGAGUAAACGAAGUGGAUUCAAUGCUUGCUUCAUUGGACAAGCAAAUGGAGAUGAAAGCACCUCCAAAAGAUGUUCAUACUGUACUGCAAAACUUAGCAAAUCUUCACCCAAACAACGUAGAAGUUAUCUGGAGGCUGACCAAAGCUUGUUAUAAUUGUUCUAGUAAUACUACUGAUAUGGAUACUAAAAAAACUUAUAUUCUCGAAGGUCUUAAGGUGUGUGAAAAAAUUAUUUCCACGCCUAAUGCAAAUUUAUACAAGUGGUAUGCAAUCCUUGUAGGCCUACAUGGUGAUUUUUUACCUGUCAAACAAAAAAUUGCAAAUGGUCAUCGUUUUAAAGAAUAUGUUACAAAAGCUUUGGAACUUAGUCCAGAGGACCCAGUACUCUAUUACUUGCUUGGUAGAUUUAAAUAUGAAGUGUCUGCUUUGAGUUGGGUGGAAAGAAAGAUCGCAGCGACAUUGUUUUCUGACCCACCUAGUGCUACAUACGAAGAUGCAUUGUCCGAUUUUGAACAAUCUGAAAAGUUGGGAACAGAACCAAAUAUGGAUAACAGGCUGUUUCUUGCCAAGACGUAUAUAAAAUUGAACCGAUACCAAGACGCAUUCCCAUGGCUGACUAAAGUUCUUGAACUUCCUGCUACCGACGAGGAAGAUCGACGAAAACAAGACGAAGCCGAUUUACUUAUGACGCAAUAUUCAAAAUAUCGUUAAUAACGAUGAUUUUUCACCUUUUACAUUUCUUGACCUUUACAGGCGUAUUAUCGCGUUGUGCAAGUGGUGCAUGAUAACUGCAUUAUUUUAUAGUAUUUGACGAAUUUUGUAUAAUCUAACGUAAUAUACACUGAUGAUAUUGGGACUAUAA